GGCGCUGCUCUGUGGCGCAAACGUAGAGAGAUCACCCAAAAGACUUUGAAGAAGACAUCUAGCAAGAAAGCACUCGAGGAAUAUGUUCAAGUUAUUUGGCCUAACGCUUUUAUUGACGGCUGCGGUGCUGGCACGCCCUGAGCCGCCAGUUAACUCCUACCUGCCACCCUCGCCCUCCGACAGCUAUGGAGCUCCGGGUCAGGGAGGUGGACAGGGACAAGGCGGCUUUGGCGGCAAACCAUCGGAUCAGUAUGGUGCUCCGGGCAAUGGCAACGGCAACGGCAAUGGUCGUCCCUCGAGCAGCUACGGUGCUCCCGGUCAGGGACAGGGAGGUUUCGGCGGCAAACCCUCCGAUCAGUACGGUGCUCCAGGCAAUGGUAAUGGAAAUGGCAACGGUCGCCCCUCAAGCAGCUAUGGUGCUCCCGGUCAGGGACAGGGCGGCUUCGGUGGCAAACCCUCCGAUCAGUACGGUGCUCCAGGCAAUGGUAAUGGAAAUGGCAAUGGUCGCCCCUCAAGCAGCUAUGGUGCUCCUGGUCAGGGCCAAAACGGUUUCGCUGGCAAGCCAUCAGAUCAAUAUGGUGCUCCUGGUAACGGUAAGGGCAAUGGUGGUCCAUCCAGCACUUAUGGUGCUCCCGGUCUGGGCCAAAAUGGAUUCGGCGGCAAACCUUCGGAACAGUAUGGCGCUCCUGGCCGUGGUAAUGGAAAUGGUCGUCCAUCAAGCACAUACGGAGCUCCUGGUCAGGGCCAAAACGGCUUUGGUGGCAAGCCCUCAGAUCAAUAUGGCGCCCCCGGCAAACCAUCCGAUCAGUAUGGUGCUCCAGGAAAUGGUAAGGGUAAUGGCGGCCCAUCUAGCAGCUAUGGUGCUCCUGGUCAAGGACAGGGCGGCGGCUUUGGUGGCAAACCUUCGGAUCAAUAUGGCGCUCCUGGCAAUGGCAAUGGUAACGGUCGUCCAUCUAGUAGCUACGGUGCUCCUGGACAGGGCCAAGGACAGGGUGGAUUCGGUGGCAAACCCUCCGACUCAUAUGGUCCCCCAGCUUCGGGAUCUGGUGCUGGCGGUGCUGGCGGCGCUGGUGGUGCCGGUGGUGGCGCUGACUAUGACAACGACGAACCCGCUAAAUACGAAUUUAAUUAUCAAGUUGAGGACGCUCCAAGUGGGCUCUCAUUUGGUCAUUCAGAGAUGCGCGACGGUGACUUCACCACCGGCCAGUACAAUGUUCUGUUGCCCGAUGGAAGGAAGCAAAUCGUUGAGUAUGAGGCCGAUCAACAAGGAUAUCGCCCACAGGUUCGUUAUGAAGGAGAUGCUAAUGCUGACGGCAACGGCGGCGCUGGUGGUCAAAAUUUGGGCCAGAAUGGUUACUCUAAUGGACGUCCCGGUGGUCAAGAUCUCGGCCAGAACGGUUAUUCCAAUGGUCGUCCAGGUGGUCAGGAUUUGGGACAAAAUGGUUACUCCAAUGGUCGCCCCGGUGGUCAGGAUUUGGGUCAGAAUGGUUAUUCUAAUGGACGUCCCGGUGGUCAGGAUUUAGGACAAAAUGGUUACUCCAAUGGUCGUCCAGGUGGUCAAGAUUUGGGACAAAAUGGUUACUCCAAUGGCCGUCCAGGUGGUCAAGAUCUAGGCCAGAAUGGUUACUCGAACGGUCGUCCCGGUGGUCAAGAUUUGGGACAGAAUGGUUACUCGAACGGUCGCCCAGGUGGAAAUGGUGGCUCUGACGGAGGUCGCGUGAUUAUCGGUGGCCGUGUCAUUGGUCAGGAUAAUGGUGAUGGUCAGGGUUACUCAAACGGUCGUCCCGAUGGCCAGGAUGGUGGCUUUGGACAGGACAACAUUGAUGGCCGAGGUUAUUCCAGCGGCAAGCCUGGCCAGGGACGCAAUGGCAAUGGCAAUGGAAAUGGUCAUCAUGGCAAUGGCUUCGGACCCGGUGGCCAGAAUGGUGAUAACGACGGCAGCGGCUACAGAUAUUAGAUACGGCAAAACUGACUCCGAUACACACACUAGCUAGCAUUUGAGACGAAAUAUAGGAAGACGUAGAUCAAUAUCUAGAAGUUUAAGACUCUUUAGAACUAUGAACUAGUUACCAUUACCAUACCAUUACCAUUAACAAUUCCCGUUAUCUUAACCUAUACAGUUGCCCUCAAAGCAUUAUCUUGGUCUAUCAUUUUGACUAUAUAUGUUCUCUAUACACAUUUCACGCUAUCUCAUCCUAUCUUUUGGUCACAAACAUAUUUCAUAAUCCCAAAUCCAACUCCAUUUAGUAUAAGUUUAAACAUGUUGCAAAUCACAAAAAAUAUUCUGCUCACAAGUGGCAAGGAAUCUAAAAAACAAAGAAAAAAAUACAAAAUAAUGCGCAAGCAAAAGAUAUAGAUUUGUUAAAUUUAAGAAUUGUUCGCCUUUAAGUAUGUGAAGUAAUAAAGACAUAUUUUUAUAAA